AUGAAAGAAAGUCUUCAACUCACCCAAAAAAAUAAAGAAAGGAAACAAGCACUAGAACUAAGACUUCGGGAAUGCCUGUCUCAUAAAGGAUUAUUUAAGCGUCCAGAUAUCGUCCCAGAGCAUCGAAGCUCAGAAAAAUCAUCAUCCUUUUUGCAGAUCUCCGACAUUGGAAUGGAGCAGGAAGUUCUCAGCACAAAAGGAGAAAGCCCAAAGCCUGAUGAAGAGGCCAUUAUAAAGAUUAAUUCUCUGAGUGAAAAACUUCGCCAAGAAGAAAAUGUGCGCCAAGAAAUUGAACUGCAGUAUAAGGAACUUAAAACUAAAGAAGCAAAGUCUUCAGGAGAAAUUGAAAAAUUAACUCAUGAAAUAGAGAUUCUCAAUAAAGAAAUAUUAUCUGAGAGAGAAAUAUAUAGGGUAGAAAUAGAAAAUGGGGAAAAAAGACUAAAGUCUGUAUUUGAUGAGAAGGAUGGGAUCAUAAAUAAAUUGAAAAAUGAAUUAUCACAAAACCAAGCAGUCAUAUCAGAAUUGAAAGAAAAAAUAAAAUCACUAAACACUUCAUUUGAAGCACAAGUGAAUGAAGCUACAUUAAAAGAAAAAGAAAGCCAGUCUCAAGAAAUUUUGAGAUUAACCAGGUCACUUGAGCUAGAAAGAGAUUUACGAAAACAAGCCCAAGAGUCACUUGAAGAGCUUAAAAAUAAAAUAAAAUCCAACAGUGAAUGUGAAAGACUUCAAAAUGAAUUGAACGGAGCAAAAGAAUAUAUUUCAAAACUCCAAACUGAAUACCAGUCUUACUUCAAAAAGCUUAAUAAAGAACUCGGAGAUAUCAAACGCCAAAACAGAAUUUUGCUUGAUGAAGAAAAAUUGCAGGAACCCAAAAGAGAAGACAAUUUAAGACUCCAUAAGAGAUAUUCAAAUAUAGAAGAAAACCUCAAGGCCAAUAAUAAAUCUAUUGAAAAUGUAAUAAGGAAGAGCAGCAUGGAAAGAAGGGCUAAUCCAGUUGUUCAUUCAAAAGAGAAAAAAAAAUCAAGUUCUGAUUUAAAAAAGGUGAUUGAAGACCAAAUCGCUCAUAAUGCAGGGAUUGUGGAGCAGAUUGAAAGCAAGCUAAAGUUGACUGAAAAAAAAAUGCAAAAAUGCAAAACAAUUGCAAUCACCAAAAAUGAAAAAAGAUUUUUAACUGAAAACUCCGAUGAUUCAAUAAAUAAAACUCCUGAUUUGAAAAACGAGGCUAAAAAAGAGAGGCCGCCAGUUCAUGCAGCAUCUGCCAAAAAGCAUAAAAAAAGUGAAACUCAAUCAGCAAGGACACUCAAAGAAAGAUGUGACAUCUGUUUCCGGAAAAUUCAUCCUGACUCCUCCUCCAUGAUCGAACAAAAAUAUUUUGUUGAUUUUUUAAAAAAAUAUAUAUAUAAUUUCAAACCAAUUGGAAAGUAAAAAUAAAUUUAAUUUAUAUAAAAUAAGCUAUAAAUUUAGAUGCUUUAAAAUUCAACAGAAUUAGUUAGAGAUUUCAUUAUAAAGAUUAUCAUAUACAUAUCAAAAUAUUUUUUAAUAAAAAAUAUUUUUUCGCUAAUGAAGAACGGCUUAUUACCAAAAAAAAAGUAAUUUUUUUCCAACAUUUUUGUUUGCUCACGGAGGGGGAGUGAGUUUGAGCAUACUAUAGGCAUGCUUUAA